CCCUGUUGAUCGAUCACCUCUUCCAUUCUUCAAUCCACAAAAGGAAAACGUCAUCACAGAUCAGAGCUUUUGCGCAUUUCGCUCUAUUCCUGGUCCACGAACAGGCCGAACACAACAAGGCGAGGACCGGAGGCCAUUGAUCGACGCCGGCCGGCCACUGCCGAUGCACGCCGCCCUCGUCUUGCUCUCACUGAAGCGCGUCUCGGCGUCCCUCCUCGCCGCGCUUUCGUUCUCUUAAGCUCCGAUCCAACGAUCGAUGGCGCCGCCCCAGCAGGGGGAGCAGUGCGGGCGGCCGGCGGGAAGCGUCUUGGUGUGGGUGGUGACGGUGCUGCUGCUCCUGGCCGUGCUCGGCGGCGGCGGGUGCCUCGUGGCCUACGUCGUGCUGCCGCCGGCGGAGUCGCCCGCAUGGAUCCCCGCCGUCGGCCUGUCGCUCGUCGCGCUCCCGUGGGCGUUCUGGCUCGCCACCUGCGUGUACCGGUGCGUCACCACGCGCUCCGCCGACCGCGCCGUGGCGCCGGCCGGCGGCGGCAGCAUUGUAUCGCGCAACUCGCCUGGCUUGUGAUCGAGACUGAUUUCGCUGUGAGAUACCGCUAGCUACUUGCCACGUAUGUAAGAGGAUUAAACUCUUUCCACAACCGAAGAGGAUGUAAUCGUUGUAAUGUUGAUUAAAUCUGUUGCUGAGUAAAAA